AUGGACGCUUAUCCAGAAGACUACGUCAACCACAACAUUCCCUUGGUCUUGUUAUCGGGGCUCGAAGCAGACCAUGAAGAUGAAUCAGGAUCUAAUAUUAAAUACCCGCUGCUUGCAGCUAGGGGACACAAGAUCUUCUCAGACUUCCCUCCACUGAGAGGGGCCGUUGCGGAGGAGCUGCGAAAUGUGCUUGUUGAAGAGAAUGGCUUGAAAAUGACCUGGAGAUCGAGUGUCAGCUCUAAUGGCGGCUUGACUUCACCACAGAUUCGCUUUCGAGUCAAGAGUACUGGCCGGUCUUAUCAGCUCCCGCCUCGAAAAGCAGACCCCCCGCAUAACUCAUUCUUUGCGGGCUCUCUUGAAGCCACAAGUACGCCAUUUGUCCUUCACUCGCCCAUAUCACCUCUCACUCCGGGUUCUCCCACUUUUCCCGAUGGCCUCCUCACGCCGUGGUGGGUGACAAAACACCAAGAUCUCGUCCCCGCAGCGGUAAUCAACUUUUUCCCUUUUGCCUUGGAUUCCAAUAUGAACUCUCUUCGAGACAAUCAACUAAAAAUCGAAAUCAAUGGCCUGAAAAACGAGUGGUCUUCGUCGGGGUUCAAAACCCUAUUUCUAGUCGUCUUGAUUUCCGAGGAUGGCGAUGGUUAUGUCGGAGAAAUCGAAGACCGCGUUGCAGGAAUACGGAGAGCAACAAAUUUGGAUCCGAAGUCCAUAUUUGUGAUCCCACCGGACGCGACACCCGCAGAGUUGAGGGACUUCGCAAAAUCAUUGUUCUCUCUGUUGCAGCCCUCAGUCGUAGAGUAUUACCGGGAUUUAUCAAAACAUGCACGGCGCAAACGAAAUAGAGGUACCAUUCCUCCUCCCACUGCACCUCCUACUAGUGGAACGUCCCAGACUUUAUCAUCACAGGGUUGGAAUGUACGAUACGAGUUCAAACUUGGAAUUUUUGCCGAAUUUAGACAGGAAAUGGAUGCGGCCUGUCGAAACUACGAGGCCGCCUACGGGAUCCUCUUUGGACAGGAGGUUUUCGAGAAUAUUGCAGGCUGGGAUCCCCGUUUCAAUGACGCCCGUCUCCUAGGUGAUGCUCUCGCAAUUCGCAUUAUUCGCUGUCUGUUAUGGGCAGGCAAUACAACUGUUGCAGUAAGAUACUGGGUCGACCACCGAGCUCGCACAAAGGAUAUCAUCAAUCGAAGAGGAAAGGGCAGUAAGAACUAUGGAUGGGAGGCCUGGGAGGCACGAUGGUCUACGGUUAUGGCCCAGCUCAUACGACGCUUGGAAACGUCUCCUCUGUCAUCCAGUACAGAUCAAUUACCCGAGUCUCCUCAGAUUUACAUGUCUCCCGAGAAAACUAUCCUCCCUGGGGAACAAGUCAACCCAUGGGAACAUUUGCACCAUGCGGGAUACUGGCUGUACCGCUCAGCUAAACAUACCAUGUUCCGGCGAGUGCUCGCAGAGCAGAUUCCUAUCGAGGAUCGAGCAUCUCCGGACCAAUCUUCUGCUUCUAGGAUUGCUAACAAAACCUACCUGUUUGAUACCUACCUUGCCCCAGAGACGCAUGUUGAAGCUCCUCAGUCUGGACAGACGGGGUUUGACCAUUCUGGUCUGAUUUUGAGCACAAUGAAAGAUAGCUUGGAAGAAUUCUCCAAACGGCAACAAAAUCGGAAAGUGGAGAGCCUGAGUCUUGAGAUUGCCGAAGAGUAUAUGCGUAAUGGGGCAUGGACCGAGGCGUAUAAUUUCCUCAAGCCUCGGUGGUCAACUCUUAGCUGGCGCCGCUCUGGCUGGUGGCUACUGAUGGAAAAAUUUGGAUGGGUAUUGAGAGAAUCUGCAGUUAAAGCGCAGGACAGUGAGAUGAUUCUCAGGGUGGACUGGGAACUUCUCAACAAGGUCUUUCCUUCAAGAGCCACCCAAAAUUAUGACAUCCAUAGAACGUUGGAGAGCUUUUCCUCUGAGAAGCCUAAGCCAUCUGUUGUUCUUCGCGCUGAAGACACUAUGGCGCCUUUGACCGCGUCGGUUGUCUUUGGAAAACCCGAGGGCAAUGUUGGCGAGCCCCUGCAAGCUCAACUCAUUAUCACUUCCUGUGCUCAUAAAUCAGCGGCCCCCAUCAAACUUGCCAAUGUGAAGAUUGUAUUUGAAGGGUGUCUUCGCCCAGUAAAACUUCAAUCUGACCAUGAUGAAAAUCCCGACAUUACAAGCAAGUGCUGUAUUUCAUCAGUAUCACUCCGUGAGCCAAGCAAUCCGGGGGAUCAUGGGCUUCAAUCUCCAACCAGUGGCCUGUCUGCACUCAUCGGCACGGCUGAUUUGACAAUUGGAUUUUCUCAGACUAAAGUCUUUAACCUCACAUGUACUCCUCGGGAGGCAGGAGAGGCUCAGGUUGCGUCUAUAACGCUGCUUGUGGAUGAAGAGAAGUUUGAUCUUGCAUGUGUGAUCACAGAUCAAAACCCUCACGAAUCGUAUUGGUGGCAGCAGACCACCAUCGGUCCAUCUCGCAGACGGAUCGGUAAGGACCGAGACACUGGGAAAUGCAAGGUCAUGCCUAAGCCACCCAAGAUUCGCAUUUCCACCCCCAACCUUAAAGAAAAUUACUACACUAACGAACGGGUUGCGUUGACGAUCAGUUUCUUCAAUGAAGAAGACGAACCCGCCGAUGUCUCUUCCGAGAUCAGACUUUUUGGAAGCCCAGAUUCCACAGCUAAACUUGAGUGGCUUGAUGCAGAGGCAGAGGCAGAUUUAGAUCCUGAGUCUCCUAUGUCGGGCAUGAGUUCCCCUACUGAGGGUCAAUAUCAUUUCUUGAAGCGAACUGUCGGAAUUAUGCAAAGUUCUUCCAACAGAGAUCUCAUUGUAGCCUUUACCGACACUCAGGAUGCAGCAAAGUACUCUGUGGAGAUUACCGCUACGUAUAACCUUGUUUCAGAUGCUCAAACGCCUAUAAUCAAGACCAUCACUGUGGAUCUGUCGUUUAUUCGGCCCUUCGAAGCCAACUACGAGUUCCUUCCUUGCAUACAUGAUCAGCCUUGGCCGAACUUCUUUGCAGUCAGCGAUGAGCUGCUUGGGAACGAGUCCACACCCACUGCGGGAGGCUUAUUACAAAAAUGGUGCCUCAAUUCUAAGCUUGUUUCAUUUGCCGUUGACCCUCUUGUCAUUGAAAAGAUGUCUUUGAAACUCAUUACCCAAAAUGGUGGAGCCGUGAGUACCAUUGAAAAUGAGGUUCUCAUCAGUCAAGAGACCCCUCACAUUAGUCCAGAAGAGCUUCGUGAAUCCAAUUUCUUGAUAGAUAUCCAGAAAAUGACUCUGGGUGACCGUCGGCCAUCGGCGCUCAACUUUGCAUUGGAGAUUGAGUGGAAACGUUACACUUCCACAGACGAACCCCCAUCUGAAAAUGACAGCGACAUCACUACCACUACCCUGGAUAUCCCUCGGUUCACCGUCCCGAUGGGUGAACCUCGAGUCCUAGCCUCAGCGACGGCUUCCAGUGUCCUGUCAGGACUGAUUCAUCUUGAAUAUGUCCUGGAGAACCCAUCCACGCAUUUCCUCACAUUCAACUUGAUCAUGGAGCCCAGUGAACAAUUUGCCUUCAGCGGUCCCAAGACGACUGCCGUUCAGCUCGUACCAUUGAGUCGCCACACCGUGCGCUACAAUAUUUUGGCUGCGAAACGUGGGCUUUGGAUUCAGCCGCAGUUGUUGAUUGUGGAUACUUACUUCAACAAGACUCUCCGGGUGCUUUCUACAGGAGAAAUGCGCUCUGAUAAGAAGGGCGUAUUGGUAUGGGUGGAUGCAGAUGAUUAG